GGACAGAAGAAAGGACUAAAGGAGGAAAAUUGAAGGGACAGAACAAAAACCAUGAAGCUGUUUUCGUUGUUUUAACAAAGCACUUUUUUAGUCUCUUUUUCUUCUCUUUUUUUUUUUCUCUGUUUUCUUUUAUUUGAAAUCAAAAGCAUCAAACGAAAAAACAUUUCUGCAGAACUCCUUUUCUCAUAUCUUUUAUGAACUGUCUUCUCCAUCCAGUAUUUUCUUUCGAUUUGAUUUAAUUUCUUGAAAAUUUUAUUGAAUUUGGCGAAUUUUGUAUUUUCUUGAAUUUUUAUUUUAUGAUUUUUAUGGAAUGUGCUUCCAUGUUCUUCUUUAUAAUUAUUCAGGGUUUUGAUCUCCAUUUAUUUCAUUUGUGGGGCAAAUCCUUUGUUGGUUUGUGAAUUUUUUUUGUUAAUAUGUUUGUAUAUUCAUCAAGUUGGUUUUGAAUUAAUACUGCAUUAUUAAGAUUUUUUUUUGUUUGUUUGUUGUUGUUGAAAUAAUUAAAGCUGAGUGAUAAUUUUCUUCCAAAAUUUUUGCCACUCAAAAGAGAUUUUUGGAUUUUGAGUGUUGAAAUAAUAAGGUUCUUUAAUUUUCUUUUUUUUUUUUUAAUCCACAAUUGGGUGUACAAAUCAAGUUUAGUCAUGGAUCAUAUAGUUGGGGGAAAGUUCAAAAUGGGUCGGAAGAUCGGUGGUGGAUCCUUUGGCGAGCUAUUUCUUGGGGUUAAUGUACAGAAUGGAGAGGAAGUUGGUAUAAAGCUGGAACCUGCAAGGACCAAGCACCCUCAGCUUCACUAUGAAUCUAAAAUUUACAUGCUACUUCAAGGAGGAACGGGAAUUCCUCAACUCAAGUGGUUUGGUGUUGAGGGCGAGUACAAUGUCAUGGUCAUUGACCUUCUAGGGCCGAGUCUUGAAGACUUGUUUAACUACUGCAACAGGAAGUUCUCUUUGAAAACAGUGUUGAUGCUUGCAGAUCAGUUGAUUAACAGAAUCGAGUAUAUGCACUCAAAAGGUUUUCUUCAUCGUGAUAUAAAGCCUGACAACUUUCUAAUGGGUUUAGGUCGUAAAGCCAAUCAGGUUUACAUCAUUGACUAUGGGCUUGCAAAAAAGUAUAGGGAUCUUCAAACACAUAAGCAUAUACCUUACAGGGAAAAUAAGAAUCUCACUGGCACAGCACGAUAUGCUAGUGUGAACACUCACCUUGGAGUUGAACAAAGCAGAAGAGAUGACUUGGAAUCUCUUGGUUAUGUGCUCAUGUAUUUCCUAAGGGGAAGUCUUCCCUGGCAGGGCCUUAAAGCAGGGACAAAGAAGCAAAAAUAUGAUAAAAUCAGUGAAAAGAAGAUGUUAACUCCUGUUGAGGUGCUUUGCAAAUCAUAUCCAUCAGAGUUCAUAUCAUACUUCCACUAUUGUCGAUCAUUGCGUUUCGAAGACAAACCAGAUUAUUCCUAUUUGAAAAGGCUUUUCCGUGAUUUAUUUGUUCGAGAAGGUUAUCAGUUUGACUAUAUCUUUGACUGGACUAUACUAAAGUAUCCUCAGAUUGGGUCCAGUUCGAGACAACGGCAGUCCAGCGGGAAAGCUGGUUCAAAACCACGACAAUCUGUUGAACAAACAGAAAAGGCUCCAGUAGGACAAGAGACUCGUGAUAGAUCGUCAGGUGCACUUGAAGCAUUCAGUAGAAGACUUGCGUCUGGUGUUGGACAGCAGGGUGACCGCUUGAAGCACAGGACAUCAGAGGAUGCAUCAUCAUCUAAGGAGGCACGAACUCAUUCAGAAAGAGGCCGAACUUCUCGCAAUGGCAGUGUGUCAAAGAAGGCUGUUGCUUCGAGCAGCAGGCUAAGCUCCACUGUUGCAGGCAGUGAGAGUCGAUCAAGUUGGCUGUUCUCAAAUGGUAGUCGUCUGUCUGCCACCCACAGAAUCCAUUCUGGAGCCGGGUCUAAAGUCUCCCAUGGCACUGCCACAAAAGACACUCGUGAUGAUCAGCUUCGGAGCUUUGAGCACCUCAACAUUGGCACAGAUAAGGGCAAGCGAUGAACAUUAGUGCAUCGUAUUUGGUAUAAAAUGUUGCUGCUUUAUUCAAG